AUGGGGGGAGGGAGCAUGCUGAGGGCGGUGGGGAGGGCGGUGGGAGCGGGGGUGGGAGGGGUAAAGGAGGCGAUCGCGGCGGGGGGCGUGGGGAGGCCGGGGAAGCCUGCGAGGAUUGUGUGCGUGGCGUCGUCCGGGGCGUCCUCGCCGACGUCGUCGCCGACCUUUCCGGCCGCGUCGGGGCUGGUCGCUGGGUGGAGUUCUUGUUCGUGUUUCGGGGACGGGGAGGAGUGGGAGGCGGUGGGGGAGGAGGAGGUGGAAGUGGAGGAAGAGGAGGAGUUGGGUAAGUUGGGGUUGUCGGAGCGGUUCGUCUUGGGGAGGGCCCCAUCCAAGGAGGAGGUUGAGGACGCAGUCUCCACCCUCCAGCAGAUAUUCGUGCCUGUCACAUUUUCUCGGACAACAGAAGAUGGACAUCCUUCUUAUCUGGAUCAGGUUGCUGUUGAUAAAGAGAUAAUUUCAGCAACACCACAGAAAGCUUCCUCAAUUGAAUCUUCAACUGAUUCAGAAUCUGAUUGGAUUGAACCUGCUUGGAACCUUUAUAGCUCAAAUAGUUUUCAGUCUAAAGAACGUGAGAAAGUUUUUGAUGCAUUUCGUUUACUCCAGAUAAAUCCAUCUAUUCAGAGGAUGGUUGUUUCACUGUCAUCAGACAAAGCUGUCUGGGAUGCAGUUAUGAAGAAUGAGGUAGUACAAGAACUCAAGAAAUCUUUCCCUGAAGUUGGAAACUAUGAAACACAGAGCUCAGAUGAACACCCCGAUGUUGCCCCUGGAAUCCUGAGGCGGAUCUCGGGUAGCGCCAUAUCUAAAAUAAUGGAAUUUAUUCACAAGAUCACGAAGCUGGUCGGUGACCUCUUUCAUUCACUAGAGAAGGAUGAGAAACCGGAUCUUUUCAACGAAGCAGUUAGGUCUUCCUUCAUGCUGUCUGUUGUGGUCUUUAUCAUCGUUGUUGUGACUCGUAUCCAAAAAGCUUGAUUAGAAUUUGCCGACAUCACUGCCCGGUGCCCUCUAGCAUUUGUGGUAUAACUUCUCGCAGCUGGUUCUUGGGUGUGAUUAUUUGGACUCUGUCCAAGUGCCACAACAAAUGGGAGGUGUUAGCCAGGCGGCAAAUGACUUUCUGCAUCAAGGUUUACAUCGGGUAAUGUUCAUUUUGAACUAUGUUAUUGCAACUGUUGAAGGACUUCUUGCAACUGUGUCCUGCGUUUUGUUUGAAGUCAGGGUACUUACAUUUCAGAUUUAGUGGGUAAAUUAAUUGUAAAAAAAAGACAAGGUGCAUAAUAUAUAGCUGUUUUUUUCUUUAAUUUUACAUGUUA